CUGCUGCUUUCUGCAAUAGGGUUAAAGGUAGGAGGGUCAAAAAGCAUCAUGAGAUGAUAUUAAACUAGCUUUGAUCAAGUGCAUAUUUUGUCCAACCAGGAUUUUAUUAUCUCUGGAUCUGCCACCAAGUUGUAAGUACAGGUAGUAGUUAAUCUAAUUGACAGACAGAAGAAUCCUGGAGGUUGCUUUUAUUUCGCUUGGUUCCCUUUUAUUACUUUUAAAAAUAACUUUAUAUUGUAUACACAGUUAUCUCCAUAUGUGAUAUUUUUAAUUAAAUGUACUACAAAUAUGUGCUUCUUACUUGUCAACCAAACUUUUUACUUCCAUAGAUUGUGUCAACCACAAAAGCUGCAACAGAAUUUAUGAAGAAAUCCUUGCUCCACAUCCAGGCAGGGUGUCUUGGAGCAGACAUUGCCAAUCUGACCCGGGAAGCACUCCAGUGCUUGAUAAAUCAGGAGCUAGUUGUCCAGAUGAGGGGAAAUGAUGAGAACAGU